AUGAUGAACUGUGGUGACCAGUUCUUCCAUGAAUUGCAGGUUCUAUGUCGUCCAGGAGUAGUUGAACGUUUUCUACCAGAAUUUCCAGAGGUAUGCACAAAGGUGCGCGACACAUUCGCUGGAUUAUGGGGAUUGGAAGGAAAUAACAAAGAAACGAGAGAUAUUAUUGCAGAUGCAGUAACGAAUCCACAUCUAUAUGUGUUAAAACAACAAUUAGAAGGAGGCGCCGGAAAUUAUUAUGGUUCAGAAAUUGCUGAAAAAUUGGAGAUAAUGGACGAAGAAGAAAAAGCGGCGCACAUUUUAAUGGAACGUAUAUAUCCAGAAUCAAUAAAGAAUUACGUAAUUCGGCCCUCGGAGCCUGUAAAAUUAAUCAAUGUGAUUAGCGAACUCGGCAUAUAUGGUUAUUUAUAUGGCAGCGGCUCAUUUUCCACUAAAGAUACAAUCGUAUUAAAAAAUUAUAACCAUGGUCAUAUUCUCCGAAGUAAGGGUGAAAAUGUCGACAAAGGAGGGGUGGCUAUUGGGGCCGCAGUGAUUGAUAGUCCAUUUCUUAUUUAA